AUAUCUUAGACUUGAACAAUAUGAAUACUGAAUGUACUGAAUUGAAUAUCUAUCAGAUACAUGUGUGGAUAUGCACGCAUAUUGAUGCACUGCCCAUCUUGUGCAAAUAUAUUAGGCCAGUUAAUGCCAGCAGGAAACACACCCCUCUAGGCUUAGGUUUCGGAGGAAGAUCAAAUCACUCCUUCCAAUCCUACUCUGCACCGUGGUUUAACGGGGUUGAGUGCAUGUGGGCUGCUGUUGUGUUAGCACCAACGGUCGAUCAUGUCUGCGGUGCUUUUUUGCCUUGCCAGAACUCCGUACCGUCUCACCAACCACACUGUCCGGUGGUACACAAAACCCAAUUUGCAUUUCCGGCAGGUCUCAACCUUUUGAUGCCGAGCAUCCUACGGAAACUUGGUACCAAAUCGAUUAAUUCUGCCGCUGCGCCGUCUACUACACCUGAACGUCAAAUAUGGUGGUGAUAUAUACCUCCCCCCCUCCCACACUCUCUUCACAAUCCCGGCUCCCCCAGUUCUAGAAAUAUGAAAAUAUUCUCUCUCUAGACAUAUAUAAUAAGCCUGUGACACCGGUAAAGUAGGCUAUCGGACCAAGAAAAGAAAAAAAAUAUCAUUUCCCGUCUUGUCCGUGUCCUUCUCUUCUCCUCUCAUCGGCUGGCCCCGCUCUUUCCUUCCUUGCCUUUUAUUGGAGCAGAGUCGCAUCCUUACUAUCUUUGGUCGCUAGGCAAUUCCCCUGUGCUGCUCCAAAUCCGAACAACACUAGGAGAAACAAGAAAAUUAUACGCCCGCGGAGAGAAGUCUUUAAGAGGAAUAAAAAGAAAAGAAAAAAGAAAAAAGAAAAAAGAAAAAGAAUAUGUCAGGCAACCAGCCGGCCGACCCCUUCGCCAAGGGCAUACUUCCUACCGCCAAGCAGGCCCUAGGCGACCUCUUCCGCUGGAAAAUGCGUGUCGAGGUGAUUACGGCCGAAGGCGAGACAUACUGCGAAUGGCAAGAUCCACCACGCUUCCGAAACCCCUUCAGCCUCUGCGCCCAACUCGCUGCACGGGACUGGCUGUUCUUUGUCGUGGGUCUCUUCGCCUGGUGCGCCGACGCCUUCGAUUUCCACGCCCUAUCCAUCCAGACCGUGAAGCUGUCCAGGUACUAUGGCGAGACAAAAACUUCCAUCUCCACCGCCAUCACGCUCACGCUGCUGCUCCGGUCCGUCGGCGCGGCCUUUUUUGGCUUGGCGGGUGAUAAGUGGGGGAGGAAAUGGCCCAUGGUCUUCAACAUGGCUGUCUUGGGCUUUUUGCAGAUAGCCACUAUCUACAGCGCUACCUUUCAUCAAUUCCUAGCCGUGCGCAGUCUGUUCGGCCUCUUCAUGGGCGGCGUCUAUGGCAAUGCUAUGGCCAUGGCGCUGGAGAAUUGUCCCGUAGACGCCCGCGGGCUCAUGUCCGGUGUCCUGCAACAGGGGUACUCGAUGGGUUAUGUCUUCGCAGCAUGCGCCAACCUGGGCGUCGGCGGCUCGACGGAGUCAUGGAAGACCGUCUUCUGGAUCGGAGCAGGCCUCUCUUUCCUCGCUGGGACUAUUCGCGUCUUCCUCCCGGAAUCUAAACAGUUCCGUGAAGCGAAGAAGGCCGGGAAGCACAAAACGUCCCCAGGAACCUUCUGGCGCGAGACGAAGGCCAUGCUCCUCAAGGAACGGAGCAUGGUGGUCUACUGCAUCAUCUUGAUGACCUGGUUCAACUACUACAGCCACACGUCGCAGGAUAGCUAUACAACUUUCAUGCUCACCCAGAAGGGCCUGAAUAACGCCGGAGCCAGCCGUGCCAGCAUCCUGAUGAAAGUAGGCGCCUGCGUCGGCGGCACCAUCAUCGGCUACAUGUCCCAAUUCAUCGGCCGUCGGCGAACCAUUAUCAUAUCUGCGCUGAUGAGCGCUCUGCUGAUUCCCGCCUGGAUCCUCCCGGAAGGCGAGCGGAACCUCUCCGCGUCCGGGUUCUUUAUGCAAUUCUUCGUACAAGGCGCGUGGGGGGUGAUCCCCAUCCAUCUCAACGAGUUAUCCCCGCCGGCAUUCCGCUCCAGUUUCCCCGGCGUCACGUACCAGCUCGGAAACAUGAUCUCGUCGCCCUCGGCGCAGAUUGUCAAUGCGAUUGCGGAGGCGAUUACUAUUCGAGGCUCGAAGGGGACACCGGCGCCGGCGUAUGGGCCGACGAUGGGUGUUGCGACGGCGAUUAUUGCGAUAGGGAUUGUUAUUACGACUAUGUUUGGGCCGGAGAAGAGGGGGAGGAAGUUUGAGCAGGCGAAGGCGGCUGGGGCUGUUGAAAGGUCGGCUGUGGAUACGGAUAGUACGGUUGACGUUAAAGAUACUGAGGCUGGGAAUAAUGGGUUUGAGAAGGAGGUGGGGAUGGAGAAAGGGGAGAAAUCUUGAGAUGAUUUUUUCAGGGAAGGGUGUUAACCGUAAAUGGACGUGAACUAACUGGAAGGAAGUAGGAGAGUACGAUAUUUUUGUUCUGCAAAUGAGUGGGGCAAAUGAUGAUGAUACCAACUUAUGAUAACCUUUCUUUUCCCCUUUUCUGUUCAUGUACAUGUACAUAAUUUUUUUUCUCAGUUAUUAGUCUUCCUAAGGGUGUUCUUCUUGUCUUAUCACACAUGUAUCAAACACUAAAUUCAAACGCUGUCCUCAUUCGCUAAGAUUAUUGAGCGCAAACACAUAUUAAGAUUCCUGUCGAGGGAUGCGUCCUCCCAGGCGCCCUCAAACCAGCAAUGGUACCCCAUAAGAUGACAUGGUCAUGUACGCUGGUUCAACGGCAUAGGCCACAUGAGAGAGACGGAUUGCUCCUGGACCUUUGUCCAGCUCAUGAUGAUCCGACUUUCCUUGUUGCUCCAAAGGCAUCUUAAAAUCGACUUGAUCGAUAGCUAGCUCAGCGAGUUCCCAAGAUCCUGGCCAAACACGCUUCGAGUUUUAGCAACGUAUGGUAUGGCGUACGACGCUCUGUCCGCAGGGGGAACUUAUGUG